AUGAUACCAAGGAAAUCUAUAGAUCAAGUUGGCCCUCGACAAAUGCGAAAACGGCUAAUGCAAGCUUUUAAUAGAGAAAAUAAUAGAGAAUCUAUAAACUUAGUUGAAAAUAUUUCAACUCUCACACGUGAUGAUGGUGUACGAUAUGAUACUAUUCUUGAAAAUGAUGUUUAUGAUUAUUCUCAACAAAAUGAUCAAGAAGAUGAACUUGAACAUAAAUGUGUGUUUGAAGUGGAAGAUGAAUCUGAAUUAGAUCAACCCGAAGAGAGAGAAGUCAAUUUUGAUGAACAGGUUUACGAAAAUGCUCCAAUAACAGUAUCAAAUAGCAUGUUUCUCAUAUUAAUGAUUUUUUUACGUCAUAACGUUUCACUAGAGUGCAUAGCUGAUAUAAUUGCUGUUAUUAAUUUGCAUUGUAUGAAAAGUAGACUGGUUAAAAACAGUCUGUACAAAUUUAGAAAAUAUUUUUCUUUAGAUCAUUCUGAAUUUAUUAAACAUUACUAUUGCCAUUUCUGUGGACGAGUGCAACUGGAAUCUGACAGCAUUUGUCCAUCAUGCCCCCCAAAAAAAAAUCCAUAUUUUAUUCAAUUACCAUUUCUUGAACACUUGAGAGAAAUGUACAAGAGAGAUGGAUUUUAUUCGAAGCUACAAGAUUGCCAUAAUAAGCGGAUAAAUAAUAACCCAGAUUGUAUAUCUGAUGUCUAUGAUGGUGUUUUAUACCGUAAAUAUGUACAAAAGGGCUUUCUUUGUAACCCUGACAAUAUUUCAUUCACUUGGUAUACAGACGGCAUACCAGUAUUUAAAUCCUCAAAAAUCAGUGCAUGGCCUAUUUAUCUAACACUUAAUGAGUUACCUAUUAAGGAACGCAAAAAAAGGGAAAAUACAUUAUUAUUAGGUCUUUGGUAUGGAGACAAAAAGCCUAAUAUGAAUUAUUUUUUUCAUGUGUUUUAUGAUGAUCUAAAGAAACUUGUCAAUGGUAUUGAGGUUUACAUACCAUGUCGGAGAAUUAAUAUUACAGUCAAGGGUAUUCUUUUGUUGGGCACUUGUGAUUUGCCUGCUAGAAGUGAUUGUUUAAAUUUUGUCCAGUAUAACGGGUACUACGGUUGCUCAUAUUGUUUUUGCCCAGGCAUGAAUUUUACAUUAGAAACAGGUGGUAAUGUUCACGUAUACCCAUAUACUAAUAAUAUUGAGAAAAGAACAUUACAAAAUUGCAGAUCAUUUGCUGACAAUGCUUCAAGAGAUGCACCAAUAAUGGGAAUCAAAGGUCCCACAGCACUUUCACUGAUUAUGCCUGAUUAUGUCAUGGGGAUGGCCAUUGAUAGGAUGCAUUGUGUAGAAGGUGGUGUUACUGUGUACAGAAUCUUGGACCAUUGUGGGUAUAUUCUUGUUUCGAAUAUGAGGAUAUAA